AGGCGGCUCGCAGGCCUUCCCUUUUUUCUUCCUCUUUGUCAGCGUAGAAUUUGCGUUCUAUAAAUACGCCGACGGAGCACUUACGUGCAACCCGGUGUCUCGUGAGUUCGUACAACGGCCUCUACGACCACGCGCCGCCCUGCGGUUCAUCUCAUCUCCCAAUCUCCACUUCUUAACUUACUCCGCCGCUCUCCUCCUUCUUCUUGUUCUGCGACUUUCCAACGAAGAGGAACAGCGAAAGACGAGAACAUUUUGGCUGCUGUCGCCGCUGCUGAUUUCCCCCUGCUCACUCCUCCGUAUCUUCUUUUGCAUUUCUCCGCUUCCCGUUUUCUUUGUAAACGACAACCGGAGGGAUCGUAGUCACAAUGGCGCAGCAGUUCCAGCAGCUCGGCGUGCAGCCGUGGCUGGCGAAGCAGUGCAGCUACAUGGCUCUCCACACCCCGACCCCCAUCCAACAGCGGUGCAUUCCGGCGGUGCUCGCUGGACGCCACGUCGUCGGUGGAGCCGCCACAGGAUCCGGCAAAACCGCCGCCUUCGCCUUGCCGAUCCUGCAAACCUUAGCGGCGGACACCUACGGCGUCUACGCACUCGUCCUCACCCCCUCCCGCGAGCUCGCUUAUCAAAUCAUCGAUCAGUUCAUCGCCUUUGGGGCACCGCUGCAGGUACGCACGAUGCUCGCGAUUGGCGGGGUCGCGACAGAGACGCAGAUCGACGCGCUGAAGGCACGCCCACACAUCGUCGCGGCCACGCCGGGGCGUCUCUGCCACCUCCUCCGCACGUUCGGCCCGGAAGUCAAAGGCGCCUUUGGCCACCUGCGCUACUUAGUGCUGGAUGAGGCGGAUCGACUGACGGAGGGCGACAUUCAACGCGAUGUCUGGGCGUUGCUGCGGCUGCUGCCGCCGGCGACGAAGAGCCGGCAGGUGCUGCUCUUCACCGCAACCUUGCACACACGGCUUACCUCCUUCGCACCCGUCGCAGCAGCCGACGCCUCCACGGCGGAAGGUGAAGUCAGCGUUCUUGCAGAGCUGGGCAUUACGGACCCAACAACGCUGGAGGUGUUCGUGGUGCGUGAAGCAAUCCAAGAGCAGGGCGGGAUGACCACGCCGGGCACGGCGCGCGCCCCUCUCGAUGCGGAGGCCACGAACACUCAUGAAGUGGGAAACAGAGAGGCGGCCAAUGCGUCCACCUCGUCCUCGGCGUCCGCUUCUGUCUUUCACCUUCCCGAAACCCUCCAACAGCACUACCUGUUUAUUCCAAACAUGGUGAAGCUGCCGUACCUGGUCGCGGCGCUGCAAGCGCAAGGCAAGAGUCAAUCCACUAUUGUCUACGUUAACUCUUGCCUGCGGGCGGAGUUGGUGCGGCUGACGCUGCAGCUGCUCGGCUUCCCCGUGUGCAGCCUCGACUCGCUCCUCACGCAGCAACACCGCCUCGACAACGUCGCGAGCUUCAAGCUUGGCAUCUCACGCAUUCUCGUAUGCACAGACAUCGCGGCCCGCGGGUUGGAUAUUCCAAUGGUCGGCCUCGUGCUGCACUACGACGUGCCGAAGCACGCGGACACCUACGUGCACCGCGUCGGGCGAACGGCACGAGCAGGGCGGGAGGGCCACUCCGUCGCUUUUGUCUCCGAGUACGACGUCAGCCUCGUUCAGCGGAUUGAGAAGAAGACGAAGACCACGUUGGGGCGGUGGAGGUCACCGGCGGCGAAGGAGACGGCGAUUCUGCCGUUGCUGGACGAGGUGUCGUCCGCGAAGGUGCAGGCGAAGCAGCAGGUGGAGGAGCAGUUCGGUGCCCGCGUGCGGACGAACAAGACACACGCGGCGGUUAAGCGGGAUGCGCGGGCGCGGGCGCAGACGGCGGCGAUGGCGCAGGCGCAUGAACGGCGGGAGCGGCGUGAGCAGGAGCGCCACCGUCGUGGUGCAAAGCAGCGCGAAACCCACGAAGAGGAGAGAGAGGAGGGGAGGAGCAAAGCAGCUGCGUCACCGCCUCCUGAAAAGCCCGUGGCGGCGAAGCGGGUGCGAUCGCCCGCAGCGCCGUCCGCGUCGAAGAAGUCGAAGACGACUGCGACGGACGCCGAGGCGUCAUCGUCGAAGCUGGCGGGCAGCGCGACGCGUAAGAAGGUCGGCAAGAUCGCCCCAGGGCGUUAA